AUGAGUGAGCCAGCAAAUCCUACCUCUUUAUCUCCUUUAGCUGCUCCAACGAAUAUUGGUACAUUAUUGAUGCGAUUUCUAAUUGUGGGGUGCUAUAAUGGGCUGCUCUGCAUUCUCGAAAAACCAAGUGAAAUUCACUUGUGGAAUCCAUCCACAGGAAUCUCCAAGAAACUGCCAGAAAUUUCUAAUGUCGGAUCUGUUGGUGAUUUUGGAUUCGGUUGGGUUGAAUCGAGUGGUGAGUACAAGGUGUUUGUGAGUGUGCUUGAUAAUUACCAGUUGAAGCGGGCCGGUAAACUUUAUAGUUCAAAGACAAAAUCAUGGAAAACAAUAGAGCACUGCAAGGAUUUAUGUACAUAUCGUUGCGAAGAGGGUGUGUUUGCAGGUGGGAAGCUUUACUGGACGAAUUAUAAAGGAUAUAAAGAAGUUAUUAUUUUCUUAGACUUGAAGAGUGAGGUGUUUGGAAGGACUGAGCUUCCCAUUGAUCAAGAGUAUCGCGCUCAAAAGUUAUUGGGUGUGCUUGGUGGUUGCCUUUGCGCGCUACAUUUUAAUCAUUAUUAUUGUGGAACAGUCGUUCAAGUUUGGGUUAUGAAGGAGUCUUGGGAGAAAGUGGUGACUCUUUCUCAUCUUCUUGAGCUUCUUCAACCAGCACCAUUGGUGGAGGGUCCAAACGGUGAGAUUUUGGUAAAUUGUGUAUCCACUUUGUUGGUUUUUGAUCGCCAUGAUAAUGUGUUCCGUUGUCCCAAGGUUUGUUGCGAUUACAUAUCAACUCAUGUCUAUGUUGAAAGUUUAGUCUCCCCAGAAGAUUUAUGA